GAAGUGACUCGCUGCUUCAUCCUGUCUCCCCACCAUGAGAUUAAAGUUAAGAAGGUGGAGAUGGGCGAGUCCUUUCGACAACCUCACUUCUCAAGCUCACCGGACAUGCUGCGUACGAAGCUAUGGCCGUGCCUGCUGUAAGCACUCGUCACAUCUUAGGUGAUGAGCCGAAAUCUAGGCCUCAUCCCGCAUCACCCUUGUCAGAACCGCCACUUGAUGAGCUGAGAGCGACGCAAUUCCAAGCGUCAAUUACGCCGUCGAAGAAUUCUGAUGCUUCUCUUCGAGGGAAAGAACUACGGUCCACAUACCACAUCUACCACGAGAAAGAAUCGCACAAGUGCAUCUCCACAUCUGUCGAUUCGACCAAAGAACGUCGCUUCGGUCCAACCAUCAAAGAAUGUAAGGAAAAACGGAGAAGAAAGCGAGAAGCCGAGGGUAAAGUGCCCUCACCCUCACCCUCAGCCGCGGACGAUGGUUCCUUCUUCCUCCACACUCCAUACCUUGCCUUCCACGACCCACCCCGUGUACUCUACAUUGGAAACUCAAAGCAUUCCCACCCCGCUGUUUUAAUCCACACGUCGCUCUUCUGGCGAACAUGGAAAAUACAACUUGGCCCAUCUAUCGCAACACCAGGCGUGCUCGACCCCAGAGGUGUCGUAUGCUGGCGACACAACGGUGGCGAUAGAAAGGCAUUGAAAGCCGACGACAGAAAGCUAAAGGGAUACAAAGUCCGCACGUGGCGUCUCUGGGGCGAAACCGGCAAGCGCUACGUGCACGGCGUAAAAGCUGCACGGAAGGCGGGGGUUAGCCCAGAUCCCGACAACAUCGAAGAGGCGAGUCGUGAUCCAAUUGUUCCAGCUGUCUUAGAGAAGGAUACAAUGCCCAAUACUAUUGCGGUGAAAGAGCCCCAUGUCCCAGCGCGAGCAGACGAGGUGGUGUACCUGAAAUGGACAUCACCUUUAUCGCGAGAUCCGCGCCGAUAUCACUUCCAUUACGCGGGUAUCGACUUCUUCUGGAAGGGCACUGGUACGGUCAGAGAGAGCCGAAGAUGUGGUGCAUGGCUCCAUUUUAACCAUCUGAAGCUAGUGGCUAGACUCCCAGUGCCGAGAGACGAAAAACUCGACGACCCAAGUCCUCAACCUGAGGUGUGUCUCGGCAAAUACACUUCCUCGAUCGCAGCAAAGAAGCACGGCAUCCUAGAGCUCUACGACGGCGCAAUAUGGCGUCUGUUGUCGGAGUACGUCCCUGCUUCCCUGCCACAAACGCAUGUCCAGGGCCAUAUAAGAAAAGCUGGAGGGGAUAGAGAACCUGAUGAAGAAGAGUUGUUGGAGCAAGUACAUGGGACGAAGAAGACGACUUUGUACCAAGUCAUUGUAGCUACGGCUAUGUGCAUGAUCAUUGGAGAAAAGCAGAAGCGUGAGACUAUCAGGCAGAUAAUAGAGCUAGCGGCUUCUGAGGGUGCUGGGGGUGCUGGUGGAUCAUGAUGCUGAGGUUGAUGAUUAUACCCCAGCGUUUUAUGAAGUACUUGUUAUGUUUUUUCAGGAUAGUACUGAAAUGAAACGAAAACCGC